CUGCAAACGGCUCCUAGAAAUCUAUCAUGCAGAAAUAGAUAGUUUUUGGGGGGUUGAAAUGAAAAAGAGUCAGUUCAGUUCAGUCUUCAGAAAUUCAGAACCAGUGGAAAUCAUUCCACUCCCCUUCAAAACUCUUGUCUUUGGCUUCUUCCUUCUUGCGAUCCCAAGGUGACAUCACCACCACGCGCCGCCGAUCCUCUCGCCGCCUCCAGCUCUCGAGCUCUCGUCCCCCAUUGCUUCCGGAGAAGCGGACCCUGUUCUCCAGGUGGUGGGGUGGGUGCCCAUUUCGUCAAAUCUCGGAAUAUUUGAGGUUUUCUCGUGACCUGGGUUUUGGCUUUGGGACGCUGAAGAUUUGGGGUUUUGCGAGUUCGAUGAGGCUGCUUUGGUGAGCUUGUGGGGGGUUCUUGGGGACAGUCUUUGCAGGUGUGGAGAUGGAAGGGAGGAUGCAGGGGAAGGCGCCACUGUCGGAUUCCAACCGGCGGAUCAUGGACGCCGACGCGCCGCCGCGGCGGGUGUACCAGGGGUGGAAGGGGAGCAAUAUAUUUUUCCUUGGAGGGAGACUUAUUUUUGGGCCUGAUGUGAGGUCACUCAUACUCACAGUGUGUUUAAUUGUAAUUCCAGUGAUCCUCUUUGCUGCUGUUAUUUCUGGACAGCUUGACCAUGAGUACCACAACCAAAUUGGAGGUUGGGUUGCAUCAGUAGCUAUCAUCUUUACAGCAUAUAUUAUUGUCCUUCUGCUUCUCACAUCUGGCCGGGAUCCUGGAAUUAUUCCUCGAAAUGCUCAUCCACCAGAACCUGAAGAUGUUGGUGAAUCCUCCAACUUAUCAGAGUGGCCAGGUGGUCAACAUGGUUCGACGGGUUUACCUCUCACCAAAGAUGUUCUUGUUAAUGGUGUUUUAGUCAAGGUCAAAUAUUGCCAUACAUGUAUGCUAUAUCGUCCACCAAGGUGCUCCCAUUGCUCAAUCUGCAACAACUGUGUUGAACGUUUUGAUCACCACUGCCCUUGGGUAGGCCAAUGCAUUGGAAAGAGAAACUACCGAUUCUUCUUUAUGUUUGUGUCUUCAACAACUUUACUAUGCGUAUAUGUGUUUGCAUUCUGUUGGGUCGAUCUCAGGAUAAUAAUGGACACACAUAGAUGCAAAUUAGGGAGAGCUAUCAUGAAAUCUCCUGUCUCUGGCAUUCUCAUCUUGUACACAUUUAUUGCUGUGUGGUUUGUUGGAGGGUUGACCUCAUUCCACCUCUACUUGAUUUCUACCAAUCAGACAACUUAUGAGAACUUCCGAUACCGCUACGAUAGGAAAACGAAUCCUCAUAACCGUGGACUGGUCCAGAAUUUCAUUGAGAUCCUGUGUUCAAGAAUCCCCAGCUCCAGAAACAACUUCAGGGCAAAAGUAAAGGAAGAUUCUGCCACCUUCCCCUCAUCACUCGGUAUGGGGCGGGCACUAAGUCCGCCGAAGAUGAGUGUGGACCUCGAGAUGGGAAUGAAAAGGCAAACUGUGGCCAUGGAGGAACUGGAAGACUUACACAGCCAAAUCGGCAGUGCUAUGGGGCUGGAGCGAUGCGGCACUGAACCCCCACAUAUUGUCGGUCGAAAGGGCUGCUCUGAAAUUGCAACCGACAUAGAAGCAUUUGCUGAAGAGUUUGGCCUGGAACAAAGGUUCACUGAGAGGAAGAAGAUUGAGCAACGUACAAGUCAUAACCCAUAGCGCAUUCCUCCCAAUCCUUCUAUAACCUUCAGAACCUCACCUAAAAGUGGCAAAAUCUUGGGAGGAAAGAAAAGUAGGACAAAUGUUAGAUGAUAUAAUAGUUUUCUCGGCUGAAAUUUCCAGCCAAAUUUUCGGUCAUGAGUAACUGGUGUUGUUUGUAUAUCAAGUGGUUAGUGUUUAACAAUACAGACAUGGUGAAGCAUUGAAGCCAAAGGUUUUGCUGUACUUCUGGAAUGCUGGGUCUAUGUACUGUGAGUCCAUCUGCUGUGCUGUAUAUUUGGCAGUGUGCUACUGAAUUUGUGUUGAAGUCAUAGCCAGGAACAUUGAUCAGCGUAGUGUAUUCUAUUGAUCAAAUUUCCUCUA